AUGGUUCAAUUAUCUACUAUCACUAUCGUUCUUGCUUCCGUGCUCUCUAGCAUUGUCGCUGCUAAGAGCUGCAACUCAGGUGGUAUCUACUGUGGUACCUACCUUCUCAAAAGAGGCGACUAUAUCACCAAGAUCAACACAAAUCUACUUGCAAACAACCUUCCAACCUCAGACCUGUAUGUAAAGCAAUCCCUUUGGGCCUGCAUCGAGCACGGAGAUAUUAAGCUCCUCGAAUUCUGCGCCGCCGGUUGCGUUGGCGGUGAUAAGAAUGACGAUUAUUGUACUGGAACUGGUGCACCUGCUAGUAAGAGAGACGAGAUUGAAGAGGAUUUGACUGAAGAGGAAUUGACUGAAGAGGACAUGCCUGAAGAGGAAUUGGUUGAAAGAGCGGUUGCUAUCGAGUGGAAGGCUUGA